AUGUUUCCAAGUGACACAAUCUUUGGGGUUUUCCUCAUCUCUCAGUUCUGCAUUGGUGUCCCAGGGAACUCCUUGCUCUUCAUGCUAUAUGCAUAUACCUUCUUAGUUAAAUCCCAUCUGAAGAAGCACAUUGAUCCCAUAGUUAUGAACCUGUUGUUUACCAAUGCUUUGACCAUCAUGUUCACGUUGAUACCAGAAAUAGCAUCAACCAUGGGAGUGAGACGGUGUUUGGAUGAUGUUGAUUGUCAGACAGUUUUGAUCUCAUACAGAUUGACCCGGGGUGUUUCCAUCUGCACCACCUCUCUCCUGAGUGCAUUUCAAGCCAUCACUGUCAGUCCUGUUCACUCUAAGGCCACUAGAAAUCACCCUCUGGUUGGUCAUGACUAUAUUCAUGCCUACUGUCAAAGUAUUCAGUUUAGCACCAAGUACGCAGGGUCAUUUCUAGGUAUCAUAUUGAUUCAUGGUCUGGUGUUUGUGCUCCUCAUGGUCUGCACCAGUCUGUACAUGGUGAGUCUCCUGUACAGACACCGCAGGAGAGCCCAGCACAUCCACAGCCCCCACGUCUCCUCUCAGUCAUCUCCUGAACUCAGAGCCACUCGCACCAUCCUCCUGCUUGUAAGUGUCUUUGUGUUUUUUUAUUUAGCAAACAACUGUUUCACUUUUUAUUCCUUUUAUGUGCCCAAGAAAACUCCAAGGCUGGAGGGGAUUAGUUUAGCUUUAUCCUCAUGCUUCCCAACCAUCUGCCCAUAUUUGCUGAUGAAAAAUAACAAAAUUAUUUCUCAAUUCAACCCUUUUCAAAUAUUGGGUCUUUCCUUUCAAUCCAAUCUGCCAGUCUAA